UGCCAGUUACUCGCGACAUACGGACGAGAUUGCACGGCCAGUAAACAGUUUAAUAAUAACAAUAUCAAGUUUAUUAAUAGUGAGUGAGCGAAAACAAAUUCAUACGCAGUUUGAAACUUGUGGCAGAAAAAGUGUUGGUCUAUUUACGUAUUUUUUGGUUAAUAUAUAUAUUUCAACGAAAUAAGUUGCUAUUAACGAAGUUACUGGAAGGCUGAACGAGGACAGAGAGUUCGCAACGACAUGGGGGCGAAGUCCCGGGAGUUAAUACUGCUCCUGGCAGUGUGUGCGCUUGCAAUCUGCGAGUCCGUCAAUAAGACUGUAAAGAAAGAAAACAAGGACUCCGACAACUUCCUCGCCCAAUACGAUGAAGAAUAUGACACGGACGAUCAAGAAGUACUCUUCAACGAAGACAAGCCAUGCCCCAGAGAUUGUCUGUGCGCUGUCUCACAAGGAUACCGAAUGGCUAAAUGCAAUCGUCUAGAACUCAACACACAGAAGUUUGGUGACGACAUCACUGACCUAGUAAUCGAAAACUCUGCAAUCCCUGUCCAACUCGACGACUAUAUUUUCAAAAAACUGGGUCUGGACAAAGUUGCAACAAUUAAGAUUGUAAACAGCACGAUCACCUCUGUUGGAUCUAAUGCCUUCCACGGACUGCAUGAGCUGUACGCUGUCAACUUAUCUAACAAUAAACUUAAAAGAUUACACCCUGAAACUUUCGCCAGCAAUAAAAAAUUGCUACUGCUCACUCUUUCUAACAAUCCGCUGAAAUUCCCUGCACCUGGGUCACAAGAGUAUUUCCUAAAUGCUUCAUCAGUACAAGAACUUGAUAUCUCAUACUGUAACAUGCAGUACAUCACUGCAAACACCAUCAAAAAUAUGCCCGGCCUAAUGUAUUUGAACUUAGCCGGAAACAAUUUGUCCGAGAUGGAGGCUGAUACGUUUAAGACUCUUCUUGAUUUAGAAGAAAUAGAUUUAAGCGACAACAACAUCAAAUCUUUGCCUAACGACAUUUUCUCAGAGAACACAGAGCUUGCUACGCUCCAUAUUCAAAGGAACCCGAUUGAUUCAGUGUAUGGACUACAAAUUUCAGACCUGCUGACUCUGAAUGCAGGGCAGACAAAUAUCAAAUUUGUUGGGCCGUCUAUGUUCAAUGGAAUGACAUACAUUGCCAACCUUAAUCUAAGCGGUAACAGUAUUGAGAAAAUACAUAAUCAGGCCUUCCAUAAAUUAGUUGAGCUUAACUACUUAGACUUAUCGUACAAUAAUUUGGACUUCAUUUCAAGCGCACUUAUCAAGGAAAAUAUUGAAUUGGACAUCUUUAAAAUCUCCAACAACCCGAGACUAAAACACUUGCCUGUAGAAGGAUUCAAUUGCUCUGCUGAACAGUUUAACAUUUAUUUGUUCGAUGCCUCCAACUGUGGACUUGAAGAGAUUUACGACGAUUCUCUCAAAACCUUUACGGCAUUAUCACAAAUUAACUUAUCUGGAAAUAAAAUUAAAUCCAUUAAUAAACACGUAUUCUCCCGCAGUCCAAAACUGGUUGAAAUCAAUCUAUCAUAUAAUAUGUUAACCACCUUAGAAGCUCAAGUUUUUGCGAAUAACAAAGAUCUUGGGAAAUUGUACCUUCAAGGAAACCCGUUGCAAGUACUCUCCGCCGAAGUGUUUGUAAAUACACCGCUGCUCUCCUUGCUAGACAUGAGCCAUGCAGAUUUAACAGCUCUUUGGAAAGUAGAAAAGAACCAACCGACUACUCUCCUAAAUAAUCUAAGUUUCCUAAAUGUUUCGUACAACCGCAUCACUGAAAUCAAGCAAACAGAAUUAGAUACUAUGCACAAACUGAGAUCACUAGAUAUUAGCAACAAUCCAUUAACAUGCAACCGCGAGUUUGAGAAUCUUAUGACAUGGUUGAGUAAGCACAAAGUAUCGCCAAACGUCAACUCUGCUCUUAUCGCAAAUCUAGGUAAAGAUACGAAGGAAGAUGAUGGCGCAUACAGUUGGGAAUUCCUUUCGCAAAAAACAUGCGGUACUCCUAUUAAGCAUCCUAUUGAACCACUUCCAUCGUUAUCGGAUGAGGAAAUAUGGGAAAGAAUCGACAAAGACGCGGAAGGAAACUUUGACUUGAAAGAUACGCUCGAUGACGGCAAAAUAGCUGACGAUACGAAGAUGACGAAGGAGGACGGAAACAAAGUUUACGAUGAUGACAAUGCUGAUGAUCUCGAUGAUGGCGGUGAGGAAGACGACGAUGAGGAAGAAGAUUAUGACGAGGAUGAUGAUAAUGUCGAUCUCAAAGUGAAACUGAUCGAAAGACCAUCGGCGACGUCUUCCGCUCCCAAACCGACAGCAACAACGCCGAAAGAAAAGGUUAAGAUUGAUAUCAAGCUGUUAGAAAACGAUAACAUGUACGAUGAUCUCGAACCAGAUGUGUACGUGCAGGCGCAGUCGGCGGAGGCUCAACACGGCCGGUACGACUACCUGUGGCCAAUGUUGAUAGCCAUCUUGGGAGCACUAUUACUUCUGCUCGUUAUCGCUAAGGUAAUGAUGGUAGUGUGCAGUAGGAGGAACAAGCAAGUGAGAUACAACAGUGCCAUAAUCGCUGCGAUGAGCCAGCCCGGCCGCACGAAGAAGGACUGCGGGUUAGUGUACCAGCAGCUGUCGGAGGACUUGACGAGUCCGGCCACUCCCAAGCUCAACCGCUACGCGCCUCUGCCCAGCGUCACCGUGAAGGCAUCCAACAUGUCCUACGAGAGCAGUCCCUUCCACCACAGCAACAUCGUGCCGGAGGCGGUGUGAGUCGCGCGGUACUAAUUAAUAUUAUUGUAAACACAUUAAAUUAACAACUGCGUUAACGUUUAUAUAAGCAGUAAGUGAUAGAUAUAAGCGCUAGUCAAUGCUACCUUCAUAUCGUAACAGAUUGAGCAUGAAGUGCCUUGCGAUUCUCAAACAAUUACCGAACAAUGUCGCGACCCAUUCCGUAAACCUAGCGCUUGUUUUAUAAUUAAUUAUAGAGAGGAAAGUAACAAAUGGAAGUCAAAUUACAACAAAUUAAUGUAAGAUAUACAUAAUUAUAUAUUAUACAAAUUAGUUAAUAGGUAUUAUUUUAUGUACUUAAAAUUAAUAAAAAUUAAACAA